AUGGAUAAAUUUGAUUUUUUUGCUGCUAUUCCUUCUAUUCCUUCUAAUAUUUCAAUUCCCACAAUUCCAUCAAUACCGGGAAUACAAUCAAUACCAGGUCUAAAUACUUUAACUAGGAAAUCUAUAUCAGCAACAAAAAAUGAUGAUUUAUCAAUAUUAUUGGCGCAAAAACAAAAAUCUAUAUUACCACCUGAUAUACUGAUUCGCAUAUUGAAAUAUUUACCAAUAACUUCUCUCCCGAAUUUUGCACUUGCUUCACGUCGAUUCAAAGUGUUGGUUUAUGAUGAUGAAUUGUGGGAACAACAUUUGAAAACUUUGGGUGCUUGGAGUAAUUAUAAUAAAAUUGUCGUUGAUAGUAUAAUGAGUGAAUCUUUAUAUUUUAAUCUUGCAACAUUGUUGAUUGAUUUUGAUUCGCCAAUUCCACAAGAACAACCUUCAUCCAUAACAUCAAAUACUACGACCAACUCCUCAGGAAAUUUAAUAGAUUUUGCAAGAUCCAAGAACAACAAUAAUCACAGUAACAAUCACAACAAUAACAACAGCAAUAAUAAUUUCAACGUCAAUAAAACGUCAAUUCCUGGACUUUCCUCUGAUUCUUUUUCACAAAAAUCUCGUGCUUCAUCAACUGGUAUUGCGAGAGAAGAAUUUAAGAAAAUAUAUUUAGAAUUAAUUCCAUACUAUAUCGACUUUAGACAUAAAAGAAAAGAUAGUAGAUUGUUUAAAGAGUAUUUUGAUCAAAGAAAUCAAGCUAAAAUGUUGGCUAAGAUAAAUAAUUUUGGUAAAAUAAAUAUCACUUCAGAUUCUGAUAAGAUUAAUAGUGCAUUGGAAACUGUAAUCGAAUAUUUUGAAAAUUCAGCUUUACAUCAUUUUGAGUUAGCAUAUGAUUCUCACAAUAUAUCAGAAAUGCAGAAAUGGGCUCAUAUUUUAUUGGAUUUGAAUGGAGGAAAUUCUUGUAUUCAAGUAUUUAUACAAAAGAAUUCAAUAUUUUUUGAUCACCUAUAUAAUCCAGAAGAAAAUUUCAUAAACAUAUCCUCGUCAUCGCCACCAAAAUCACCAACAACAUUAUCAACAACGUCAGAUUUAUCAUAUCAACCAUUGAAAGAAUUUUUCAUUUAUAUAGAGGAAGAAUUAAAACGACAAGCAACUUUAAUUGGACAAGUUUUUCCACAUGAUGCUGAUGUCUUCUUCACGUUUACUGAACGUGUUGUUGAAGAUGUUUUAAUUUGGCGAGAUAUAAAACCUGGAUUAAGUAAAAUAAGAGCAGAGGAUUUGAUAUUUCAAAUGUUUGAAUCAUUUAUGGGCUCGUAUUUGGAACAAGAAUUAAAUUAUGUUGAGAAACAGAGUGACGACGAAAUUGAAAAAUGGAAUCAAAAGUUGAAUCAAUCCGUUGAUGCACAACAGCAAACACUUGUUGAUAAUUCAAAUAGAGAAGUCUACAAACAUUCUUUAAGAAGAGUUGGUGGAUUUAUUGAAUAUCCUGAUAAAAUGGUAGAAUUUUUUGAAUUGGUUCAUAUUGCUGAUUUAAUACAACAAAUGGUUCAAGUAUAUUAUGAUGAAGAAAUGGCGAAUAAAAUUUUCGAGAAAAUUUUAGAUGAUUGUGUAGCUUCUGGUUUAAAUAAAGGUAUUCAGGUAUUAAUUGAUCAAGUAGAAUUUAUAUUAAUCACAGAACAAUUGCCUGAAAAUUUUAGACCAAUUGAUACACUGUUAGAUUUAAAACCUACUAAAGCAUGUUUAGAUGCAGUUGAGUGUUUAUCCACAUAUACUAAAUUAGUUUUGGGUUGUACGGAUAAAAAUACACUAGAUGUGUUUUUUCAAGAAAUUGGAUUAAGACUGUUUGGAAUCUUGAUAAAACACUUGAAAAAAUAUACUGUAAAUCUAAAUGGUGGAUUUCAAGUAAUAAGACAACCAAACAUUACACCAUAUUUUCUUGCAUUAAAAGAAUUAGGUAACAUUUACAUUAUAUCAACAGCUAAAGAUAUUGGAUUAUUUAUUAGAGAAGCUGAGAGAUUCAAGGGUAUUUUACAUGCUGAAGAUGUUUACGAAUUUGUUCAGAAAAGGGAGGAUUGGUUGAUAAUAAAGAAAGAGGUUGAUAAAGAAUUAUACGGUUUGAAAGCUGAAGAUUGUAUUAUUAUGUAA